AUGCCGAAUCCAUCCGCCGCAGCACCCACUCCCGGAAUACUCGCACGCCUCCAAAUCCCGGCGUUCACCCCAGAGGACCCAGAAGUAUGGUUCCAGCAGGUCGAGUGGACACUUGAAGAUUUCGGGCUAACGGACAGCUUAGCGAAAUUUCGGCAGGUGAUCAAAUCCCUAGACGGCAGGUACGCGAAGGAGGUUCGCGACCUGAUAAUCAACCCGCCAGCACAAAAGCCGUACGAGACACUGAAGGAGCAGCUUCUCCAACGCCUGGGGAAAUCACAGGCCCAAAAGACGCGACAACUGCUGGAGAGAGUCGAAAUUGGAGACCGGAAGCCUUCACAGUUCCUGCGGUAUCUCCAACAGCUCGCUGGGGACAACGCCGCUGACGAGAUCGUCCGCGCCCUGUGGAUGGAGCGGAUCAACCCCCUCGCUCGCGCCAGCAUCGCCGCGCAGGCUGCCCAACCCAACGUGACCCUGGACGACCUGGCCAAGACCGCAGAUUGCGUAAUGGAAGCGCUAGGUACCGUCACGCCACAACAGGUGUCUGCGGUGUCACCUCGGGUGUCACAAAGCGAAUCAAAGCUUUGUGAAGUGUUGAGAGGUUGUCGGUGCGCCUCGACGAACAAAGUCGCGAGUUAA